AAUAUGGUCUAAUGUUUGGAUAAUAAUUCUCAUGCAGAUUUGACCAGGCUGUCGAAUAAAUAAAGUGGGUUAAAACUGAAGGAGGUGCACAUCGUCAAAGGGGAGGGUAAGUCGAGUUGCGGUUCCUCCACAGCGAGAGAGCGAGCGUGAAGCAAAUUCUCACGGAAGAGUUUCCCAAACUUCUUUCAGUCUCCGGCAAUAAUAUGGACAGACUUGAAUGGAAACAUGCAUAUCCGGCUCCACUUCAUUUAUGGCACAGAAGAUGACACAGUUGUUUCUGAAAUGACAGCUCGUUAGUUCUUUCCAUAAGUGAAAUCAACAUGGGAAAACUGCAAUCGAAACCUGCCUGUAAACGGAGAGAGAAUCCAGAGGGAGAUGUUUUCAAGGAGGCUGACUGUACUGGUGAAGUGGACAGAAACAAGCAGAAUAUGUUGAGCCUGAUGCAAACGAUCUGUGAGGUGGUUGAGGCAUCAGUCAAACAGCUGGUGCUUAGCAAUGCCACAACCCUGCAUGUGAAGCUGAGUGUCACUUCAUUAACCGGCAGAAAAGGCAACAGAAAAGAUCGGGAUGCUGGAAUGUCUCAAAAUGAGCGGGGUCAAAUGGAGGAUGUAGUACGGUGUGCAGAGAGCCUUCAUUCUCAGAUCAGACAACUGAACUCGGAUCACUUGGGUGUUUCAGAGAGGAAGCAUUACUCCGUAGAUGAAAACACAGAACGUAGGAAUCACUAUCUGGAUCUGGCUGGAAUUGAGAACUAUACUUCUCAAUUUGAAGCUCCAGAAACAUGUGCUGAGGAGCAGCCUCAGGAUGGCUCUUCCUGUAACCAUCAUCGUCGCUCUCAACCAGAGACCUGCAGCCCUGUGGAGUCAUCUGGAAAAUCCAUUCCUUUCCUCAGGUCACUCCGCAACCACAGCAAGUCUGUCCGUUAUAGUGGAGCCUCAACCAAACCCAGCAAGCUCCAUGGGCAUCACCCUAUGACCUGGUGCCAUCCAUCCCAACAGCAGCAACAGCAACCUCUGCUGUACAGCUCCAGCAAACGCACCCGUGCCCGAGCAAGAGCCCAGAAGUAACCAUGACAGAGAAUUACAGCCCGGGCCAGCUGUUCCUCCUGGGGGUUUUAUGCCUGUUCCUCAAAGACAUGAACACCAUCAUCAUCAUGAGCACCACCAUCACCACCAUUACCACCCUGAUUAAGAGUUCUGAAAAACUCCUGAAUGACUGACCGAGUAGCAAACUCUCAUAAGCAGUGUUAUUAUUAUUAUUUUUUUGUAAAAACAAACAUGCAGGUGGUUCAUCUGCCAAACAUACAAAGCUGGAUUAUUUCAGCAAUAAAAGGGGCUGAACCACUUUUUUCAAUGAUAUGAGAACUGCAC